ACUUUUUUUUAAUCAAUUCUAUGGACAAAAAGUGGAUAUAUUAUGCUUAACAAUUCUACUGAAAAUGAGAUAGGAAUAUUUUGCUGAACAAUUCUACGAACAGAAAGUUUUCAAUAUUUUGCUUUAGAAUUCUAAAUACAAAAAGCUGGAAAUAUUUUCCUUAUUAAUUAUACGGACUAAAAGCUGGAUAUAUUUGUUCCGAAUUCAACUGAUGAAAAGUGGAUAUGUUUUCUUUAAAAAUUAUACUAACAAAAGGCAAGAACUAUAGUUUGUGUGCUUAAAAAUUCUUUAGACAAAAGACAAGAAAUAGUUAACCUAACAAUUCUUCGGACAAAAGGCAAGGAAUAUUUUGCUUCACAGUUCUACGGAUAAAAAGUCACAUGAUGCAAACGGAUGAAAUGAAUCAAUUAAUAGAAGGUCAAAAAGACCAAAGAGAAAAUACAUUAUUGUGUUCGUUUUGCCUUCGUAUUUUUGACAACUUUAAUGAUUUGCAAGAUCACCUCAUAUUACACGACCCGUUAAAUCUAUCAAAUGGCCAAUGUGAGGAUUACGGAAGCUUAGACUGUGUUAGCGAAAAUAUAAACUUCGAUUCACGGAAUUCUAUGAAUACAGGUGCGUCUAAAUUAAUUAAAACAAAACAAAACUAUGUUGGCACACAACAACAACUAUCGCCAGCGAUACAUUCAUUACUACAGUUGAAAAACGUCAUGUUUAAACGAAAACGUGAUAACCAUGACAACGAGGAGGACGACGAUGAAGAAAUGUACAACGAGGAAGAAGUUGACGAAGAGGAUGAGGACGCUGACGAGGAGUUAGUGAUUGAAACCGAGGAGGAUGACGAAGAGGACGACGACAGUGAUGAUGAUAUGGAGGGAAAUGAUGACGAGGAUGGGAAUGCAGACAGUGACGAUUAUCAGGACGAAGAUGAGGAUGACGGAGAGGAGGAGGAGGUGGAGAGAUUGUACGACGAGAAGGAUGACGAGUGGAACGAGCAAAGGAAAGCGGUGAAACUGGAACGAGAUAAAAUGGGAGUAAAAAAAGAAGAUAAGAAAACAUGUACAGAUGUUAAAAUUAAGGAAAUAAAUCACGUGGCACAAACUGAGUCUGUUAGAUACAAAUUACUUAUGCACAGUGAUAUUGUACGGAGAUUAGAAACUAUGGUAAAAACUAUGAAGAAAUCACCGAGAACACAUGAAAAUAACAAGGAAUUACAUCGAAAACCCGAGAAUAAGAUGGACUCACCUAGAACACAUAAGCACAAAACCCGCCUGUUUGCACUAGAUGGCAAAAUGACAAUCCAUAAAAGUACACAGACAGAUCCACAGACAGAGAGCAUUAAUGAAGAUCAAGGUUGCUGUCAGUGUAAGACGUGUACCUGUAAGUGUCACGCACAUUUGCAGAAUGAUAUGCAGAAUGCCUUAAAAUGUAGCAAACAAAUGUUCCAGUCAAAUAUAUUUCCAAAAGAGAAAGACAAGAAAAAACUUUUAACAAAAACAUUGACAAUCCAAACUGUAAAUAAAUGGUUUAUAAACUAUAGAUAUCACUUUUUCCUCCACAUUAAAAAGAUUGCAGUUGAUACCAUCUCAUCAAAGUCAACAACAAUAGAAAUAAACAGAUUGACAAACAAACAUUAUACUCAAUGUUUUCAAUGUGUUUCCAAAAAGCCUAAACACCAUUCGAAACAACAAGUGAAACGGGCUUUCAUGGCGUGGAGAUUUGCCUUGCAAAACAACCUUAAUCCGGAAAAAUACAUGCGGCAGGCUUUAAAGUCGUAAAGAAAAAUAUAGUCCAUAUUCAUUCAAACCAAAGAUCAGGAUUUAAGACACAGAUCGUCAAGCGCUGCAGAAACGGCAAAGAGACUUCAGAUGACAAUCGAUACAAAUUAUCUCUGCUUUUUACUUUGAUUUAAGUCAUAUCCAUUUGUUAAUCCGUCUUUGGACUCUUUUACCACCAAUUGAAUGUGUUUUUAGUGUGAUCUUCAUCUGUAGAAAUCAAAACGGGAUUGGAUAGACUUCAUAAAGUCGUAACGAUAAAUAUAUUGCAUAAUCAUGAAGAAUUCAAACCAAGGACCGUGAAAUAAGCAGUAGAUCGUCAAGCACUGCA